AUGGGGUUGGUUGCUGCGUUCGGUAUUGCCGAGGAAGGAGAGCCUUCCUACGAGCAAUUUUCCUACAUGUACAGCAUCACCAAAUCCAAGAGUACCGAUCACGGAGGUUGGGUUCAUGCCAAUUUUCUCCAGGCUUCCGAGCGGGGCCAUUUCGUGAAUGUCGUGCCAACUUCUCAGAAGUCCUGGAGGAAUCGGCGGGUGCUCUUAUCUGGCGAUUGGGAGUCGCCAUCGGGACAGCCCGUUCGUUUCCACAUCCCUACCACCUUCCAAAUUGCCGGCAGGUCAACAUGCCAAUCGGCAAACUAA